AUGCUCGUAGAGGCAUAUGCGGCGCUCAUUUGCGAGUCUAUCCUUUAUGGCAUCUACAUUGUCCUCUUCUCAAUAUCAAUGUAUCUCUUAUUACGACGACGGCAUACGAUCCCGGUGCGGGUGGUGCAUAACACCGUCAUGACCAUGACCGUCACCAUGUUUCUCGUCUCCACAACCCACAUGGGGCUGAGUGUCCGGGAGUUUUUCAACGAGUUUCUGGAUGGACAUUCCCCGAGCUCAUUUGAGAUCGGGACCACUGCACUGCGUAUAGCAAAGCUGUACCUUCCUGCCAUCAAUUUCCUUUUAUCUGACGCCAUCAUUAUCUGGCGCGCGUACGUGCUCUGGAACUUCGAAAUAGGGCCAUGUCUUGUGCCUGUAUUCCUAUUACUGUCAACUGCAGUGAUUGCCGUAGUAGGCGUGCAACAAACGGCAGCAAACAUCGCAACAGUGCAGCUCACGGCGUCUUAUCCUUGGUACCUUUCGUUGGACGUUCUCACGCUGUCGACGAACGUCCUUACAACCUGCCUGGUGGCGUACCGCGCGAGGUGGUAUAAUCGGCUGUCAAAUGAAUCUGCCCAGGACACCGACGAACGGAGACAAAGUCAAGCUGUAUUGAGGCUCCUCAUCGAAUCUGGGUUCCUAUACUGUCUCAUAUGGGUCAUCUUCUUCAUCAUCUACUGGACACGAAGCAGCGGCAAUUUCAUGAUCGCAGACAUGAUCGCACAGCUGACGGGCAUAUACUCCACGCUGAUAAUCGUCCUCGUCGCCCUCCAAAUGACGCAUAGCGACGCGGUAGAAGACAGCGACUUCGACACCUCCUUCGGCAUGCCAAUGCGUAACGUCCCGUCGUCCCUCUCCACGGCCUCGGUCUUCAACGGAUUCCGCCAGCCUGUCGUCAUCCACGUGAUGAACACGGUCGAGGAUGAUUCAGGCAUCCCACACGGGAAAUGA